AGGUGCGUUGCCAGGACACAGUUUACAAACAUGGCGACUCUCUGAAGGGAAGCAAAUGGCUAACGUGCUGCGUGUGUCCACCUCCCAUCAGCUCUUAUGUGUUUUCAUGCUCUUCACCUUGGCUCACACUCGAAAUGUCGUCGUUUUCCAGCCUUCAUAUCUCACCGCUUCUGGCCCAGUGGUCUCUGCUCUGCUGCUCGGGAACUCGUCGGACAUGUCCCUGAGUGUGAGGACAGUGUCUCCGUCCAACACCACAGGAAGCAUCGGUCCUCCAUCAUGUGCGGCUGAGGUAACGCAGUGGGUGCUCACCAGAGAGCAGGUGGGAAAGACUGCGGUACGAGUUCAGCUGAGUUUGGAAAGAAGUCUGCAUUUGUGUGGUGAGAAUGAGACGGACCCAGACUGCUGCUCUAAUCCACUGUGUGUGCUGGAGACGCUUCAGGUUUCUGCUUGUGUGGGCGACACACCUCAGGCAUCACUGCUGAUCCAGGCCAAGAUACAUGCACUGCUGGUUCCUGCUAAUGCUGGACCAGCUGAUAACAAAACAAGCAUUCCAAACCAGGUGUACCAACCACUGGGCCCUUGUCCCUGUGAUCUCACAUUCAGAGCAUGUGAUGUACGCUGCUGCUGUGACAAGGACUGCUCCAAAGAAGAUUUGACACUGUUUGCAUCCCACUGUCUCGCUGGUCCCUUUGGUGGACAAGUCUCUCCUCCUCCAGAUUAUCAGUGCUCUGUGCAGUCUGCUGAAAACUCCCCAGAUUGGUUUCCAUUUUUGUGUGUCCAUUCACCACCUAAAAACAACCCUUUCCUUGGGCUCUUUUACCAAGGAAAUGUAGUUAAAUCCGAGCCUGGUCCAACCUUCCAAAGGCCCGUGUUGUCAGCCCCAGUGUCAGUUAAUGUUUAUGUUGAAGGAAGUCCCAUUUUAUCAUUAAAUGAUCAAUAUUUAACUAUUCCCCAGAAGUUGUUCGGCCAGUGUGUAAAUAAUGCACCUGUGGCAUUUUUGAAGAAUUUCAAAGUCGAGUGUGUAACUCGACUGCGCACCUGUCCAACUGAACCUCCUUUACAGACACUACCAGGGGAUUUCAGGAUUGAAGUGAAGAAUGGCGAAGGGGGUGACGUUAUAGUGGAGGUAACUGAUGAAGUGGCCACCGACCCGAGUCAGAGUAUUUUAAGCACAAAUGGUGCAGCGACUUCGGCAGAAAGCCUGUGGUGUGAGAAUGUGACCUUAGCACUAGAUUAUCAAUUCUACUGGAAAGAAAAUAGCAUCACAAAUAUCACACUCAUACGCACUGUUGGGACCGUCCCUUUGAAUGGUAGUGUGGUGUUAACUACAAGGUACUCUGCUAUGUUUCUCAAUGGGGACUUCAUGAGUGAGCCCAAUUCAGGGAACCCAGGUUACCAGGUGGGAAGGCCUGUUAUUGGUGGAAUCAUGGACAUUUUCGACAACAAUACAGGGUCAAUACAGAGGACGUCAAUCAAUCUUUGGAAAUCAGUGGGGGAUGGACACUGUUUCAACAUUGAGAAGAAACCAGUUCUAUUUGGGGAGAAUUCUACAUCCGGAUGUUUGCUGCCAGUCAGCCGACAGAAUCUGACUCAGUGUGAUCUCUUGAGAGAGACAGUUGCUUCUCUCCAAGCUGCUCUGACUACAGCCACAUAUGUAGCAAGGACUGGAAACCCAGAUCCACUAACUGGGACAGACUGGAUCAACAUAAGCUUUGUGAUGCUGAACUCAAGCACAACCAUAGAAGACGCCACAAGUUCCUGCUAUGGGAUUCAAUCCCACCAGCAUAUCCAUGUCUGGAGUCUUAUCGAUGGCACGAUAGAGGGCAGACCUCAGAGGGAAAUCCGCGCUUUGCAAGUCAGCUACAGCAUGUCCACCUGGUCUCUGGAUUGUGGAGGCGGUGACAUCUCUCCAUGCCUGGACCCUCAGGAAACUUGGUUACUCCCCAUCACGUCCUCCGUCACCUUUACAGACAUCCCUGUCAACACAGAACCACCAAAAACCAGGUUUCAGAUCAACUUCACAGAGUAUGAUUGUAACAGGAAUGAUGUGUGUUGGCCUGAGCUUGCCUUUCCACUCACCAGGUAUUACACAGGUGAGCCAUAUUCUCAGUCACUGGCUAAGGGCCUUAUCUUGGUUUUCUUCUUCAUCGCCGCCUCGAUUCUUGGGAAUCCAUGGAGACAAAUCCGACAGGCAUGGAACGCUCUCUGAAAGAGAAAAAUGUAGAGGAAGAAAAAUAUUUGGCGGAAUAACAAGAGAAUGUCCAGCUAAACUAUAGUAUCUAUUUUAAGGUCAAUAAAAUGUAAUUUCACCUUUUUUCCCCAUUAGAUAUUGUUAAUUAUAAUACAGGUUUUAUAUGUUUGUGGGAAUGUAAAUAGUUGUAUUGCUACACUAUUUUGUAAUAAAAUAUUUUUCUAUUAUUUA